ACAACAAGCUCAGUGAGGUUCACUUUUCCGCUAAAAAGCAAGAUGAUGAUAAAGUUGUCUUCCUUUCUUGUAAUCGUCGUCUUCAUCCUCCAACAGGUGCCAGGCUGCCACACGUCCUGCCUCAUAGUGGGCCCUGUAGCCAACUGUGCCUUCAAGAAUCUGCAUUGGGUUCCUGUUCUGCCUCCCAACAUCACCCACCUGUACCUGGAAAUGAACCACAUCAGGGAGCUCAACGCCACCUCUUUGUCUGGCCUGGAGGUGCUACAGGAGCUGGACCUGGGUCGCCAGUAUUCACCCCUUGUAAUCAGAGACCAAACAUUCAUUCGGCAAAGACGCCUCAAGAAGUUGGUUCUUGGCUUCAAUGUCAGACUUCAAUUGGAGCCUCACGCCUUUUCAGGAUUGUCCAGUUUGCAGAGUCUCCACCUGGAUUACUGUGGUCUUGAAGAUUCCAUCCUGCAGGGCGACUUUCUGAAGCCGCUGACGUCUUUAGAGACACUUAACCUCUUUGCUAACCACAUAAAGAUAUUGCAGCCUUCAACGUUUUUUGCCAAUAUGACCAAUCUGAAACAUCUGAAUCUAAAACUAAAUCGUAUCAACAAAAUAUGCGAGCCCGACCUGGCCACUUUUCAAGGGAAGAACUUUGAAUAUGUGAAUUUGGAGUCAAACAGCCUUCAUGUUAUGAACAGCAGUGACUGGCAUGAUUGUGGGAAUCCUUUCAGAGGAAUAUCCUUCAAAACUCUUGACUUGUCUCAUAACGGCUUGAGUAUAGCCAAAUUAAAGCUGUUUUUCAAGGCCGUUGUAGGCACAAAGAUCUCCCAUCUCAAGCUAUCAGGACACAUUGGCAAAGGGUUCUCAUUUAGCAACCUUCAGGAUGUAGACAGAAGCACAUUUGAAGGCCUACAGAACAGUUCUCUCAGUUUUCUUGAUCUGUCUAAAAACAGGAUAUUUGCAGUCCAAAAAGGAGUAUUCAGUCUCCUACCAGACGCUAAAAUCAUUGACCUCUCAGGUAACAAAGUCAAUCAGAUACACAAAGGUGCCUUUGAGGGCCAGGAAGGUUUAAAGGCGCUCAACCUGUCUUGGAAUUUACUCGGGGAAAUCUACUCCCACAGUUUUGCUCCUCUAAGAAACUUACAAGUGUUGGAUUUAUCGAGUAAUCACAUCGGCGUGUUGGGCUUUCAGGCGUUCAGAGGACUUUUGAGUCUAAAGGUUUUAAAACUGACUGGAAACUCUCUAAGGCAGCUUGGAUUCCCCAGUCCUCUGCCGAGUUUACACCAUCUCUAUUUGAAGGACAAUAAAUUAACAUCGAUGGACGGUUUCUCUGUAUUUGCCUCGAAUAUCACAUAUUUAAACAUCGAAGGCAAUAGAGUGGAAAACCUGCUGGGAGUUAAGCUGAAACACCUCCGGCAGCUCCACCAUGGAGACAACCCAGUCAAGUGGUGCUCCACACCCCGAGGGGUGGGCAGUGUUGAGGUGUUAGAUCUCCACGGCAUAAAUCUGCAGUCCAUGUGGUCUCAAGGCACCUGCCUCAACAUCCUCAACCAUCAUGUGGUCAAACUUAACCUGAGCUCCAAUGCCUUACGUGCUCUUCCUCAGGGCAUCUUUAAGCAUCUCACCGCACUUAUGGAGCUGGACCUCUCAUCUAAUGCCUUAACGCAUCUCCAGCCUCAUAUAUUUCCCAAAAGCCUGAAGUCACUUCAUCUGGCAGAUAACUUCAUAGCGUCUCCCGAUCCGACCGCUUUCAGUUCUCUCGGCAGCCUCGAUUUAAAGAUGAAUCGAUUCCGCUGCGACGCAAACCUGAGGAGCUUCUUGACAUGGCUGAACAAGACAAAUGUAACCUUCUUAAAUCCCGUUGAAGAAUUCAGGUGUGAAUUUCCUGUUGGUUUUCAUAAAGUUCCUCUUUUGGAUUACCACACUCAUCUUCUUGCCACUGAAAGCUCUUAGCAGGGAUUUUUACAUUUAGCAUUUAAGAGUGGUUACCAAAUUUGAUAUCUUAACACUUGUACACCCCAGUACCCAAAACAGGCAUUAAAUGUGUUUAUUAAGUGAUAUGAUUGUUCAGUUUAAACGUCAAAGGUAAAAAAUUAUACCGGAAGGUUUUGACAACAUUUCUUAUAUCAAAUUGCAUUGUGUUUUUGACAUAAAAAAUAAAGUAGGCACACUUUCUUUUAAGACCUCUUUCAGUCCCAUUGACUCCCAUUAAAACUGCUUUUUAAACAGACCGUAAUCUUGGCAUAUUACUAUGUCUUUUCCAUUAAAAUAAAAAAAUUAUAAAUUGGAAAAAUGUACUUCAUACUGGAAAAACUGGGUCAAUUAUGUCACGCCCUAUAACAGCGGUUCUCAAAUGGGGGUACGCGUACCCCUGGGGGUACUUGAAGGUAUGCCAAGGGGUACGUGAGAUUUUUUUUUUAAUAUUCUAAAAAUAGCAACAAUUCAAAAAUCCUUUAUAAAUAUAUUUAUUGAAUAAUACUUCAACAAAAUAUGAAUGUAAAUUCAUAAACUGAACAUCAAAUCAAGUAGGCUAUUCCAUUCAUUACCAUAAAUCCAGAGUUUCCCUCAUGCCAUGAUGGUUUGACCCUCACUAAAAUGUCUGUCAAAAAGAACUGUGAAAAGAAAUGCAACAAUGCAAUAUUCAGUGUUGACAGCUAGAUUUUUUUGUGGACAUGUUCCAUAAAUAUUGAUGUUAAAGAUUUCUUUUCUUGUGCAGAAAUGUUUAGAAUUAAGUUCAUGAAUCCAGAUGGAUCUCUAUUACAAUCCCCAAAGAGGGCACUUUAAGUUGAUGAUUACUUCUAUGUGUAGAAAUCUUUAUUUAUAAUUGAAUCACUUGUUUAUUUUUCAACACGUUUUUAGUUAUUUGUACAUCUUUUUUUCCAAAUAGUUCAAGAAAGACCACUACAAAUGAGCAAUAUUUUGCACGGUUAUACAGUUUAAUAAAUCAGAAACUGAUGACAUAGUGCUGUAUUUUACUUCUUUAUCUAUUUUUUUCAACCAAAAAUGCUUUGCUCUGUUUAGGGGGUACUUGGAUUAAAAAAAUGUUCACAGGGGGUACAUCACUGAAAAAAAUCAAUCAAUCAAUCAAUCAAUCAAUGUUUAUUUAUAUAGCCCUAAAAAAGGUUGAGAACCACUGCCCUAUAAGCCUGAUUUUAAUUUCUCGAAUUAGUGAUUGUACUGUCUAAAAAUUUUAAUUUUUAAUUUUGUUAAAAAAAAGUAUUUACUAUCUGUUCAAAUUAUUUUAUUUUAUUUCUGAUUAUUAUUAUUAUUUAUUUAUUUUUGUAUUAUUAUUAUUAUUAUUAUUUUCUUUAUCUAAUUGAUUUAUCUGUAAAUAUAAUUAUUUUGUUUUCUUGAUGUUUUUUUCUUUUGGGGGGGUGGCAUCGUUGGGAUAUAAACAAAAAAAUAUUUUGGCAUUUAGGCAGACAACAGAUAUAUGAUGUAAUGGAUAGGAAUGUCUGAUGCUGGAUGUCAAUAAAAAAAUUAAUGGAAAA